AUGUCGUUGAGAGAGGUUGCUUUACCUGCGAAGGGUGUGGCGGAUCGCCGCCCGUCGGGGCCAGCUCAGGCGACUGAGCUGAUCCCGGUGGCGGCCCCAUCCGGCCCCCCACUUAUGACGAACCGGCUUACGACAACUGACCACGACAGGAAUGACUCUUCGGAUUCUGAUGUGCUCUCUCGUGAUCGAGUGUUCAUUCUUAUGAACAAACUCGCUCACGGGGGUUCCUACCCGGGUCGAAAGGACGACGAGGCGACUAUACUCGCCUUCUGUCACAUUCGGAAGGGUGCCACUCUGCCGUACACGAGGCAGCAAGUGUCGGGUGUGCCACCGAGAGCCCCGCCGGUUGAAUUGCGCGAGUCUGCGGUCCCGGCGGUGGCGGCCUCGGCGGGAGUUGCGCCGCUGGCCUCGACCACUGAAGAGGUCGAUGUGCCCCCGGCUGCACCCCUGGUCCCCAAGACACGAGAAGAGCCCGUGGCUACGCUAGCUGCGGCCGCCGAGAUGCAGGAUAUCGACCUGCCUGACGCUAAUUUGGCUGAGGCCAUAGCCGAGUCAGAGCGCCGUGACACUGACUCUGACGCUGCCCGUGCGCCCAGAAAGCGCCGGGCUAUGACGCAUGACGACUCCGACACUCCCUCUCAGACGUCCGACACAGCGAGGCCGCGGAAGAAGGCCUCGAGGGCUUCCCGCCCUUCCACCACGGAGUCUGGGACGACUAUCGCGGGCUCCUCCGCGAGCGCCGCCUCGCCGAGACCGACGAAGACGCGGCGGCCCACUCGUCCACCUGCCACCUCCCGGCAGCCGGAUGAGGAUGGUUUUGUCGCCCCUCCCAGGCGGCGCACUGCCAGGGCUGCUGCGCUGCAGCAACCGACGCCGCUGCCGACCGCCAACGCGUUCGCAGGGGCCAGUGUGGACGCGACUGAAGAUGGUGCCGCGCCUCCUGUGUCGGCCCAAAAGAAGCCCCCGCCCAUCGUCAUCCAAUGGGCGGGCGGGUACAAGGAGUUCCAGCAAAAACUAGACAGGGCGGCUACGUCCGCCACUGUCAAGACUGCUGGCCGUGACCUCUACAAGGUCACGGUGUCCUCCAACGAGGAGUACCGCGCGGUGAUGGACACCAUCUCCAGAGAUGGCCUCCCGGGCCGAAACCACCGGAGCGGAGGGGCUGCUCCUUCUCGUAAGGUGCACCCGUCCACCAGCUUUGCUGCCGCCACCAAGGGCGGACCAUCAGCCGCCACCGCCAGGCGUUCGGAACUGGCGGCGGGCGAGACGAGGCAACCGGCCGCGCCGUCCCCGGCUUCGCCCGGGGGGGAGGCCAACCCACCACCCACGCAGAGCGCGCGGGUUGCCGCCCCGCGCAGGCGUCGCCGGCGCGCGGGCCGGGCCACCCAUGCCGCUGCACGCUGGAAUGCCGAUGACACACUGCCACAACAGACGACGGCACCUCGUGCUACGCCGCAACCGGCUGCCGACGCUCCGCGGCAGUCGUCUGCUACGGAGUUGCCGCAACCGGCCUCCCCAGUGGCGGAGGCCCCCCCAGCGGCCAACGCCGCCCCCUCGGCCACCGAUGCAGCCGAGCUCC